AUGGUGGAUAGCAAAAUAACAAUCGCAGAUCUCGUGCAGCUCGAGAAAGGGCAGUUUGCUGAUGAAGUGCAUACAGAAAACGGCACCGACGGUGUGUAUACUGUUGUGAGAGAAGAGAUGUUUGCGGCGUUGGAGCAGGCAAAGAGAAAGAAAAGCGGCAGUAGUGACGAGAACUUCUACAAGAUAGUCCCGAAGACGGCGCUUGAGAAGACAAUGGCAAGAGUGCUUGACAGCGAAAAAAUGAUUGAUGUUGAGAAGGUAAGGUAUGAAAGAAGCUUCAAGGAUGAGUUUGAUAGGAAAAUGAAGCGGAUCAAGCGAAUUAAGAGCAAGGCAUACAGGAAGAUCAGGAGGAUGAAGAAGCUUGCGAACGAAUUACAUGAGUCUGCGGACAUUCAGAGUGCAUACCAAGAAAAUGAUGCACACGAAAAGUCUCAUGAUUCACAAAAAAGAUACACCCGGGUUCCUGAUGCGUUGCUAAGAGAAAUAGACACGGAAGAAGACGGUAAAGAGGCUGAGAGGAGUGAAAGGAAUGAAAUGCCGAUAUUCAGCUUUGAUGGAGAAUACGGAGGUGCAGAAUGCGUGCACAAGCAGGAGGAGCUUGUAAGGCUUGCAUUCAAGGAAAGCGAGGAUGGGAUUGCAAAUGAGUUUGUGGAUGAAAAGCAACGGAUUGUGAACGAAGAGGCACCAAGGAUAGAGGAUACGGUGCUUCCUGGAUGGGGAGACUGGGCUGGGCCAGGACUGGAGGUUAUCAAGACGGAAUACAACACAGUGAGGAAUGUGAUUGAAGGUGUGAAAUAUUGCAACAGGAAGGAUUUCAACAAGUCGCAUGUGAUAAUCAAUGAAAAGUCGCAAUGCAUUGACAAGAAGUUUCUGGCGCAGCUUCCGUUUGGAUACACAGAAAAAGAAUAUGAGCAGAAGAUCGGCAUGUGUGUGUCGAAAGAAAAGAAUACGCUGAGAGUAUUUAGAAAGCUGGUGAAAUCCAGGACUACACAUACCAACGGAGAGGCAAUCCAGCCGUUCCACUAUGUGCCUGAAUAA